GGCGCCGCGUCCGCCCGCGCCAUGGCCGAGGCGGCAGCGCAGGAUCUCCUGCUGGCAGCAGCGUUUGUUUCCGAUGCGCAGUACAACAGGAAUAUUCCCUUUAAGACCUCCCCGGAGGCUGUCAGGCUUUAUCACCUCUAUAACCACUGGAUGAUGCGAACAGCCACCUACUUCUUCAUCUUCCUCAACCUGUCCCUUGCCCUGUUUGAGGAACCUGCUGUGUAUCCGCUCCCCUUCCUGGCCACGUCAGUGCUGGAGGUGUUGUGCCUUCUGGUGUUCCUCGGCCGGCUGACACAUUUUGCCAAAGUCACCCUGCACAACGUGUUCUGGAAGGACACCAAGAACAUCUGCAUCAUGGUGGCAAUCCUGUUAUCCCUGACAGACCUGGCCGUAUAUGGGGUCCUCAGGCUGUAUGACGUGAGGAGCAUCCGAUGGUCAAGGAUUGUGAGGCCCAUCUUCCUCAUCAACUUCGCAGAGAGUCGCCAGAUCCGGAGGGCCUUCCGCAGCAUCCGCAACACGCUGCCAGAGAUCACCUACGUCUUCCUGCUCUUCAUGUUCAGCCUCCUCAUGUUCUCCCUCAUGGCCUUGAAGCUGUUUGGAGAGAGGAAUCUCCAGACAGCAGAAGGCUUGCCCUACUUCAGAAACUACCUGGAGAUUGUGUUUGACCUCUACGUGCUGGUGACAACGGCAAACAGCCCGGAUGUCAUGAUGCCAGCGUUUGACUUCAGCUCCUGGUACGCCCUGUUCUUCAUUGCCUUCGUCAUUGUCAACACUUACAUCUUCAUGUCUCUCUUCCUGGCCGUGGUCUACAACAACUACAAAAAACACCUGAAGAACGAGAUCCGUAAACUCGCCUACAUGAAACGCCGCAAGAUGAUCGAGGCCUUCAACCUCCUGAAGGAAGAGGAGGGAGAGCAGUUUGUGGUUCGGGAAGCCCGGUGGAAGCAGCUGGUCAAGCUGGUGGCUCCUGACACCAGCAAUUCCCACCGGGAGCUGCUGCUCCGCAUCUCGGAUGACGAGCAGAAAGGGUUCGUAGACAAGAAGUCCUUCAUGCAGCUGGCAGACCUGCUCAACAUCCAGGUGGUGACGCUGAAGAUCCGCAGGCACCCUCUGGCACGCCGGCUGCCGGCCCUGUACGGAUCCGCGCCCAGCCGGCUCCUGCGCAGCGUCGUGAGGCACAGGGCUUUUGUUUGGACUUACGAUGCCAUCAUCCUGGUAAAUGCCAUCUUCAUUGCUCUGGAUGAGGAAAGCCCCUACGUUUCCUAUGCAGAGUGGGUGUUCCUUGCUCUGUACAUCAUUGAGAUCCUCCUGAAGGUCUACACUUACGAACCCAGGGAGUUCUUUGGCAAAACCCAGUUCUGGAACUGGUUUGAUACUCUCAUCAUCUUUGCUGCCCUGACUGCAACGAUUCUCAAUGCCACCCUCAAGUCCACCAUGAAGUACAACAGCCAGCAGAUCCUGGACAUUGUGUUGAUCCUAAGAGUCCUCAGACUGAUCCGGAUUGUUGACAGCAUUCAGAGGUUCCAGGUCAUCAUGAACACCCUGAUAAACAUCGUCCCAACCAUGCUGACUUUUGGUGGGCUCACUCUGGUUGUGUAUUGUGUGUUUGCUAUCAUUGGCAUGGAGUUAUUCCACGGGAAAAUCCAGUACUUCCCAGCCAACUCGAAUGCUCCUCACGCCCUGGAGUGCGGGAACCCAGCUCUCAAGGAUUCCCUGUUUGCCCGUGGGAAGUACUGCAAGAACAACUUCAACAACUUUGCCUCCUCCUUCAUCGUCCUCAUGGAGCUCACCGUGGUCAACCAGUGGCACGUCUUUGCCAAUGGAUUUGCCAAUGUGACAGUUCAGCCUGCCAAGCUCUACUUCAUUGCCUUCCACAUUGUGAUGGUGAUAAUCAUUGUCAAUAUCUUUGUGUCCUUCAUCUUGGAAGCUUUCUUUGUGGAGUACUCCCUGGAGAAGAGCGAAGUGGAAACUGCCAUUGAGCAGAAAAUCCAGGAGCUGGGAAUGGGAGUUCAAGAGGAUGAGCUCCAGCAUGAGCAGCUCCUUGACAACAUGGAGAGUGCGGAGCACGAGCUCGAGGGGGAAGGUGGAACAAAGCCACAGAGCAAAGGGCUGGUGUUCAAAAUUGCCUCCAAACGAUACAGGACAGUGGAUGCUCUGCUGCAGCGCAUGUUCGAGGCAGAGAUACCCCUGGAGGAUGAAGGCCCUUCCUUUGAAGAGAUCCUAAACUUGUCGCCCACCUCGGUUCCCAGGAGCCCGAGUUCGGAGAGCGCGGCGUGAGGGGGAUCAGGGAAUGGAGCCCAUUCCCGGCUCUCCGGCUGUUCCCUGGCUGCUCCCACUCGUGGGGCCCGGGUUUCACGGUGGGAACAAACAGCUUUGUCCUGUAAAAGAGCUUUUAUCUCACGUAAAAUCCCGUAGGAACGUCUGGAAUGCGGGGGGCAGUGGGAGCAGCCGGCUGUGCCCGGAGAGGGACGGUGCCGUGGGCAGUACGUAAUGGAAUAAUUACUCCUUGUAACUGGAAUUGUAUUGCAGCACUUUUAUACGCACCUCUGCACCGGCGGACGCGGAACGCAGCGGUUCUUUGGCACA